AGGGACUCGCGGGAAUCGCACCGCGCGGGUGGCUGCCGGAGCUCGCCCAUUGACCCUGCGCUGUUCGGACCGCGGCCACAGCCGGUCUGGCGGGCACGGCGGCGACAGACGGAUUGGCCGAGAGUCCCAGUCCGCAGAGGAGCCCCGGCCUCGAGGCGGUGGCGUCCGCGUCCUCUCGUCCAGGAGCCAGGACAGGUGCCGCGCGGCGGGCGCUCCAGGGACCGCGCUGAGGCCGCGGUCGCGCCCCGCCGCGCCCCGCCGCCCGCCGCCCGCCGAGCCCAGCCUCCUUGCCGUCGGGGCGUCCUCAGGCCCUGGGGCGGCCGCGGAGCCGAUGCGCGCCCGCUGAGCGCCCCCGGCCCGCCAUGGCCGCGCUUCCCCGCCCGCUCUGGCUCCUGGGCCUGGCGCUGUGCGCGCUGGGCGGGGGCGGCCCCGGCCUGCGACCCCUGCCCGGCUGUCCCCAGCGACGUCUGGGCGCGCGCGAGCGCCGGGACGUGCAGCGCGAGAUCCUGGCGGUGCUCGGGCUGCCUGGGCGGCCCCGGCCCCGCGCGCCACCCGCCGCCUCCCGGCUGCCCGCGUCCGCGCCGCUCUUCAUGCUGGACCUGUACCACGCCAUGGCCGGCGACGACAACGAGGACGGCGCGCCCGCGGAGCGGCGCCUGGGCCGCGCCGACCUGGUCAUGAGCUUCGUUAACAUGGUGGAGCGAGACCGUGCCCUGGGCCACCAGGAGCCCCACUGGAAGGAGUUCCACUUUGACCUGACCCAGAUCCCGGCUGGGGAGGCAGUCACAGCUGCAGAGUUCCGGAUUUACAAGGUGCCCAGCAUCCACCUGCUCAACAGGACUCUCCACGUCAGCAUGUUCCAGGUGGUCCAGGAGCAGUCCAACAGGGAGUCUGACUUGUUCUUUUUGGAUCUUCAGACGCUCCGAGCUGGAGACGAGGGCUGGCUGGUGCUGGACGUCACAGCAGCCAGUGACUGCUGGUUGCUGAAGCGUCACAAGGACCUGGGACUCCGCCUCUAUGUGGAGACUGAGGAUGGGCACAGCGUGGAUCCUGGCCUGGCCGGCCUGCUGGGUCAACGGGCCCCGCGCUCCCAACAGCCUUUCGUGGUCACUUUCUUCAGGGCCAGUCCGAGUCCCAUCCGCACCCCUCGGGCAGUGAGGCCACUGAGGAGGAGGCAGCCAAAGAAAACCAACGAGCUGCCGCAGGCCAAUCGACUCCCAGGGAUCUUUGAUGACGUCCACGGCUCCCACGGCCGGCAGGUCUGCCGUCGGCACGAGCUCUACGUCAGCUUCCAGGACCUCGGCUGGCUGGACUGGGUCAUUGCCCCCCAAGGCUACUCGGCCUAUUACUGUGAGGGGGAGUGCUCCUUCCCGCUGGACUCCUGCAUGAACGCCACCAACCACGCCAUCCUGCAGUCCCUGGUGCACCUGAUGACACCAGACGCAGUCCCCAAGGCGUGCUGUGCACCCACCAAGCUGAGCGCCACCUCUGUGCUCUACUAUGACAGCAGCAACAACGUCAUCCUGCGCAAGCAUCGCAACAUGGUGGUCAAGGCCUGCGGCUGCCACUGAGCCCACCCACCCAGCCCUACUGCAGCCACCCUUCUCAUCUGGAUUGGGCCCCUCAGAAGCAGGAAUCCCUCAAACCCAGCCAGACUCCAGGCCGGGGCAUUGCCAGGGAGGGCCCUCACAACCAUGUACAUGACCCUUUCUCCUUCAUGCCAGGCUCCUAUGCUCCCCUUGCCCUGCCAGGCAUUUCUGUGACUGUCCUGUUUCCAGCCCAGGUGGUCUCAAUCAUCAGGCAGUGUUCUACCCAAACGCAAACGCCUCCCCCAGAGGCAUGUCCUGGCUGGUUCUUUGGGGUUGGCACAGAAGUCCUGUCUGAGGUCCUAUCCAUGCCCCUUACUGGCUCCGGUCGUGAGAUAGACGUGGAAUGACCUGAGAGGCACCUGGAGCCCACUGUUGGCCACCUUGAGCUCUUCACCAUCCAUCACAGGGUGUGGUGUGUGUAGUCAGGGUCUGGUUGGCUCCCCAUUGCCUGCCCGAGGUACAAGGUGGGGUAUAAAACUGGACACUCUCUAAAGUAUUGUAUAUUCAUGGAUCUGAAGCACUGAUCCACUGGCCACAGGUAGACAUGUGGAGUCAACUCAAGAAAAAGCUGAGUGAACAGCAUGAUUUAGGGCUAAAGCCAAUGGCAUUUAUCUUCCCUUGUCUUCCUGCUUUGCAUUUGCCUCUGCCAUCUAGGAAAGACAUAUACGUGCAUGGACAUUUUGCUUUGGAGAAACAGAAAAAUCUUGGGGCUUCCAAUUGACCCAUCUAUCUGCCACCAUGUUACCCCAUCAGGAGCUCAGCUCUGUGGAGUUUUCCCUUUGCUAAGCAAGCAUGUGGUUGCAUUGGGUGGCCCAGGAUGACAACGCACAGCACAGAUGCCAUCAUUUCCCUUUCCCCUCUGCAUGGCAGAUAUCAGUAAUCAAUCUGGAAUGUUUUUCUUCCAAAUCUGAAUGGAAUUUUCAAAUGAUCAGCACAGCCACUGACAACAGAUAUGAUGUAAGGUGAAACCUGGUUGCCAUCUUCUGCCAUGCUGAGGAGCAGUCCAUCCCUGCCCGAGCAUGUAUCGGCAACAUGGGCAGCCUGUCACCGGGUCUGGGGCGAGGCCAGGGGCCAUCAAAAACAGGCUGAUCACCAAAGUCAGUGUCACCCUGGGUGCCCAGCAGUCCUGUCCUGUGUCUUGGGCCUGUGAGUCAAAGAAAAGGUCCUUUUCAGGGAGUGACAAGAGGUAAUUAGGCUGAGUUGGGUGGAGAGGUUUGUCUCAGCCUCUGCUGUUCUCGGAAACUGCUGUUCUCCUUGGAGCAGCCACUGGGAGUUGGAGUGUUUAUUUGAUUUCUGACUUGCUGAGCCUGUAAUUUACCUGCUGGAACAGACAGAGUCCAGCUGCCCAAACCGUGUCAUUAAAAGCAGAUCCUGGGCCCGCCCCAUCCACAGGCACAGCCCGGCAAGGUGGUUCCACCUCCCCAUGGGCCCAAGGAUGUGCCUCUCUGGAGUUCACGUGCUGCACCCCCAGGGAGGGGGAGAGCUGGUCCGGCAGCAGGGGUGGAGGCUGGGGCCACGCUGCGGGACAGCAGCCCCUCCACCUGGACUGGGGAGGGGCUCCAUGUGCAAGUGCAGAGGAAGAGACCCUCCCAUGUACGCAAACGACGGCCCCAGGUUGUCUGGAAGUUGGAGAGUUACCUAUCAGCACAGGGAUCUCAGCUCUGGCCUGGAUGUGAGGAGACCUGCCUCGUAGGUGGCUUCCUUAUCUGGGCCUUCAUUUUCUAUCUGCACUUUUUGAUCUCCAAACAACCUUCAGCCAAAGAAUCUGUCUACCAACUCCUCACAGUGAGCCAGAAGCAGCCUCAUAACCCAGAAUGUGGGGCUCUGGUGGCUGUCACGAAGCAGAGUUGGCACAUAACCUGGAACCUGGCCAGGCGCGGUGGCUCACACCUGUAACCCCAGCACUUUGGGAGGCCAAGGCAGGCAGAGCACCUGAAGUCAGGAGUUCAAGACCAUCCUGGCCAACACAGUGAAACCCCGUCUGUACUAAAAAUACAAGAUUACCUGGGCAUGGUGGUGCAUGCCUAUAAUCCCAGCUACUCGGGAGGCUGAGGCAGAAUUGCUUGAACCUGGGAGGUGGAGGUUGCAGUGAGCAGAGAUCACAACACUGCACUUCAGCCUGGUGAAAAGAGCAAAACUGUUGUCUCAACAAAAUGAAAUCAUGGAACCUGUUUGUCAUCCUAGUAUUUACUUAACUGUUCCUUCUUAACAUCAAAGAUGGUCUUCUAGGCAAUUGUAAAUUUUAAAUUAGCCAGUUAUUUUAACAACUAAUUUUUUACUCCACCUGUAUCUUUAGUGCCCAGCCAAUGAUCUGGCAUAGUUAGGGGUACACCAAGAAUGUCUGCAAACUACCUGAAGGUUUGUAGAUAUGGAGUACACCUUACCCAUUAAUCAAGCUGUGCAUAGCAGGAACCAAUAGGAGCCGUGAUCCUCCUGGUUAAUACAGAACAAUGGAAAAACAUAAGGCUUUGUCUACCUAAUUGGCCAUCAGAGUUUCAGCAACUUUUUUCAUCCAGAUAGUCACCAAAUGAAAUAAAAUAGAAAAAUCCCUUGAGCAAUGAAGCGAUUGUGAAUGAACACAAAGUCCAUGAAUUUAAUCCUUAUCUGUUUGCUGAGCCAAGCAUGUACAUCUGCAGCGGGUGGCCCAGGCUGGCAGCACAGAUACCACCAUUUCCCUUUUCUUUGCUUAGGGCAUGGCCUGUUUAUCUCGUUGCACCAGAUGAGGGUUGGAAGGAUGAUGGUGGUGGUUGUUUCAGAUCUACUGACAGCAAUGAGAAAUCAGUGACAGUUGACAGGAAGAGAGAACACAUACAACAGGCAAAAGAGGAACGCCCAGCAGUCUUGGUCCUUGCAGUGCAAUACUGGCCUUGAGGCCAAGUCAGUAGGGGAUUCGUAGUCACUAACUUCUAACUGAGGCAGGGAAGUAACAUGUUGUGGAAAAGGUCCAAAGAAACAGGAAUAGAGGCAGUGUAGCAAGAGGCAGAUUUUUGGCGCCAAAUAGAUUUGAAUCCUGGUUCUGCUUCUUCCUUUGUAGAGUACGAUAUUGGUUCUUUCCUCCCAAAGCUAUUAUAAAGAUUAAAUAUGUACACAAAUCUUUGGGAUGUCUGACAUAUAAAUGCUUAACAAUAGGUACUUGCUGGUAUCAUUACAAAUGAAUUUGCUUAUUUUUCAGCCACUUCUAUGUCUGGCCAUUAAACCAAAAUGUGUUCUGCAGGUGAUGAUGUAUUUAUUUCAGAGCUGUGCUUUUUCCUAAACAAUCUACACAUGGCAUCUCUCAGAGGGCAGGACUUGUAUUCUUAUAGCCUUUAAAGGCCUAGCAAGUGUCACUUGUGGCAGUGGCUGUGAAACUUUGCUCGUCUUCCCAGACACCGGAAUCCCAUGUCCUGCUGAGAGAGGUCUGUACCCACCAGGUGUCUUGGGUGGCAAUUUGCAUGGGGGAACUGCCCAUCCAGGUCAACUGCUUGGCCCCCUUUUUGAAAGGAACCCUGGAUGGGCACUUGACUCCCUUUUUCAAAAAUGUCUUUCACUUCUCAAAAAAAUAAUGCAGUUUUGGAGGAAAGUGGGAUAUAUAAAAAAUAAAAUACAAUUCAAAUCACUACAGUCCCACAAGUCAAAUAAACACACUAUUAAUAUUUUCGUGACUUUAUUUCUAGGUUUUUUUCUUAAGAUAUACAAAUACCUAUGCUUACAUAUUACAGAUAUUUUUACAAAACUGGGAUCACACUGUACUAUAUAUAAGUUUCUUUGUGAUGUGCUUUUUCUACUUUAGUUUCCCAUCACUGAACUCUACAAGACUCCAUUUUCAACAAUAAAAAGUUGGUUCUAUAAUUCCUUCUUCAGAGGUUGCUGUGAGGCUGCCAUGACUGCAACAGAUGCUGGGAGCACCUGGAGGCAGCUGUCAUGCUGUUAGAGAGGACACUCCAACAGCCACAACACUGAUCCUGGGCCUGCCAUCCCUGGUUUCAGCCUUUGUAACUGUUUCAGGGCCAGCAUGUGGGGACUCAGAUGGGGCUCAACUCUGAAUGAGUUAGGGGGGAAAUGAAUCAGCAAAAGGAAGCCCUGUGCCCAGUCCUGGUGCUGGUCCAGCAACGGGAAUGUGGAAUGGGGAGGCCAGUUGGGACAGGAGCCACACAGUCCCAGGGAAAGCCGCUUUGCUCUCCAGGCUGCAGGAAAGGACAACCACAGAGCCACUGGGUCCACUUCCCAGAGAGGUCAGAGUUUUCCCGAGGCAGCCAGGCGCAGCUGCUGCAUGGUGCGUAGCCGAAGCAGGUGGCCGGGCUGUGGGGCAUGCCGCUGCCCAGCUCUGGGGCUCCCCUCCCUUCUGGCCUGGAAGAGCAGGGUCUUGUCUCCUGUGUCUCUCCACAAGGGUCCUGGCCAAUCAUGGGGACCAUGACUGUGUCACUCCCCAGGGCUGUGGACCCUGCCACCACAGAUUGAAGCUAAAACCUAGUAAAUCUCCCAGGACCCCAUUACUACUGAAGAGAGACAGGCUGGGCUUCUAAUCCCAGCUCUGCCAAACCACCCUGUGUGACCUUUGGCAGUCAUGCCACUAAAGCCUCAGUUUACCUGUGCAGGGUUCCAGUGUGCAUGCAAUAACAUCUGUGGACACCCAGGUGGAACACUGGGAGAGGAGUACACACCCACUGGCUCUAAACCUGCUGAGCUUUCAGAACUGCCCACUGGCCUCCACCUCCCCAGAGUAUCAGGGAGGAACAGAGUGACAAGGUUGUCACAGGAGUCUGUCCUUUUAUGGGAAACUGGCUGUGCUUUUUCUACACACUCUCUCUUGGUUCUCGUCCAAGCACUGAAGUCAGUGUUAUCAUCCCCAGCUUCAUAGAUGCCUGCCUAACACCUGUGACUGACCUCUGAUGGCCAUUAUUUGCACUCAGAGAAGGGGCUGUGCUUUGAGGGAGGGUCUCUUUUGGAAACUCCAUAGGGGUGAGGGGUAACCAUGUGGUACAUCCCAGCUACAUGGAGCCUGAAACUCAGUCAACUGUAGCAGCUGGAGCUCAGAAAGUCCAGUCGGCACAUGGGAGCCAGAGGUAGGGCAGAAUGUCACCAUCCCUCAGCUAUCCUAGGGUCAUGAGGACCAUGGGGCCUCUCCUGCUUCCUGGCUCAUCCAGAUCUCAAUCCAAGAUGCAAAAGCUCAGCUCAGUGGAUUCUGAAUGGUCUGAGUGACCCAACCCACAGGAGGUGUCCAGCAGCUACAGGGCUCAGUCCCUGCUAAGAGCCUUCAGCAGAUGAGAUUCUUUACAACCGCCUGGCUGACCAGCAUCUGGAGGGGGAGUGGAGAGAAGCCAGCUCCAAGAAGUGGCUGCACACAGGAGAGCCAGACUGUGAGCUCAGCAGGGGGUGGGACCAUUUGUUCUCUUCAGUGGCUGGCCGGCAAUCCUGUUUUGUAAAGGCUCAGAUACUAAGUAUUUUAGGCCUUGAGACUGUGAUGGUCUAUUUUGUGUGUCAAUUUGGCUAGGCCAUGGUAUCCAGUAUUUAGUCAAAUACUAGUCUAGGUGUCGCUGUGAUGAUGGUUUCUUUUUUUCGAGACAGGGUCUCACUCUGUUACCCAGGCUGGAGUACAGUGGCAUGACCAUGGCUGACUGCAGCCUCAGCCUCCCAGGUUCAAGCGAUCCUCCCACCUCAGCCUUCUGAGUAGCUGGGACUACAGGUGUGCACUACCAUACCUGGCUUUUUUUUUCCCCCUAGAGAUGGGGGUCUCUACAUUGCCCAGGCUGGUCUUGAACUCCUGGGCUCAAGUGAUACUCCUGCCUCAGCCUCCCAAUAGUGCUGGAAUUAUAGGCAUGAGCCACCAUGCCUGGCCUAUUUUUUAGAUGGAUUAAUAUUUAAGUCAGUAGAGAGUAAAGCAGAUUACCCUCCAUAAUGUGGGUAGGCCUCAUUCAAUCAGUUGAAAUUCUUAAGAGAAAAAAGACUGAGAUCACUGGAGGAAAAAUUCUGCCUCCAAACUGCCUCAGACUUGAACUGCAACAUCAGUUUUUUUCCUGAGUCUCCAGCCUGCUGGUCUGUUGUGCAGAUUCCAGACUUGCCAGCUCCCACCACUGCUUGAGCCAGUUCCUUAAAAUAAAUCUCUCUCUCUACAUAUAUACACAUCCUAUUGGUUCUGCUUCUCUAGAAAACCCUAAUACAGGGGCCACAGCCUGUAUUGUGUCUAUAGCCCCCUACUCAACUCUGCAGUAAGAAACCACCAUGGACAAUAUGGAAGCAAAUGGAUGUGGCUGUGUUCCAAGAAAGCCUGAUUCAUAAAAACAGGCAGUGGGCCGGAUUAGGCACAUGUAGUUUGUUGGCCUCCUGUCUCCUGACAAAUAGGCAGAGUACUUGGCAUAGAGAAGGCAUUUUGAGUUAUAAAAAUUUCAUUUUUUAAAAUCUGUAGGGUGGAAGUGAACAAAUAAACAAAUGAACCACUGAGAGUACACUUGCUGGCUGUAAGACCGGCAGCUGGGUUUAGGAGCAGAGGCAGCAGAAGACCGGAACUUUCCACUGUCUUUAAUUUCCGUUGCCCUGACAUGGAUGCCUGGUGUGAAGAUACAUCACCUGACAUCUAAGGGGAUCGGCCCAAGGGAGGAAA